AGUCCCGUGGCAGCAGGCUCUCACUCACUGCAGCAACGUCCCGUCACGGGAUGGAUGAACCGCACGCGUCGCAGCGGCUGGGAAACGGUCCCGCCGCGGGCGCGCACAUGCACGGUCUGUUCACGGACACGGAGACAGGGCAGCUCACAUACAGUCUGGAUUUGACGGACAGUUGCCUCACGGUCCAGAGGAUCACCUCUUCUCCAUCACCACCGGAGCAUCUGGACCUGCGCGACUGCGCGGGGAGCCGCGCGCACCUAGCCGAGUGCGAGGACGGGAGCGCGUACCUGUGCGCCUAUUUCUACCCGUACCGCUACCGGUGGAUGGGUUCGAGUCCAGUUCGACACAGGGACGAGCGGUGCUUUCGUCUCGAUCAAGAUGAUGAUGCGCAAGCGAACCUGCGCGAGGCGGAGCGGUGGGCGCGAGCCAUCCAACAGAACAGCGCGCGCUGUACUGGACACACAGGCGAUGUGUUGUUUUCUGAGGUACGUCGCUCAUGUGGCGUGAUGGUAUUGGUCAAUCCUCAGAGUGGGCGGGGUCAAGCAAUGGCUCUCUACAACACCCACAUCCAGCGGAUGUUUACAGAGGCAGAUAUACACCAUACACUGGUCAUUACAGAGAGACAGAAUCACGCGAGGGAUCUGGUGCGAAACGCUGACCUCACGCAGUGGGAUGCUUUAGUGAUCCUGUCUGGAGACGGACUGCUCUUUGAGGUGGUGAACGGUCUAAUGGACAGGCCGGAUUGGGAAAAGGCCAUCCAGACUCCUGUGGGAAUUCUGCCGGGAGGUUCAGGAAAUGCGCUCGCUGCAUCCGUUCAUCAUUACACACAAAAGCCUCAGGUGUGGGGUGAAGAUCUGUUGGUUAGUUGUGGGUUUGUACUCUGUAAGGGUUUGAUCUCCAAGCUGGACCUGAUCUCCAUCCAUCUGUCAUCUGGUGUCCGUCUGUUCUCCUUCCUCUCCAUCGCCUGGGGCUUCAUUGCCGACGUCGACAUAGAAAGCGAGCAGUUCCGUCAAAUCGGGCCUUUGCGCUUUUUUGUGGGUACGCUGGUCCGUCUGGCCUCUUUGCGGGUCUAUCAGGGUAAGCUGUCUUUUCUCCCUGCUAUAGACAAUCCAGAGGCGGAGUUCUUUUCUACCCCAGGUUCCUCGACAGGCUGUGUGUUGCAAGCACAACGGACACUCAAUAAUCAUACAAGCAACGAGAGGGCUGAACACAAUGACUCUGAAUGUAACUCAGAUAACCGCCUAGUCGACCACCUCCUUGUCCCGCUCGACCAGCCCGUCCCACAAACCUGGACGGUUGUAAAGGAGCAAGAUUUUGUCUUGGUCAUAGCCAUGUUUCAGUCGCAUCUGGGUGAGGAUUUGUUUGCGGCUCCCAGCGCCCGUACGGAUGAUGGGUUCAUCCACUUGUUUUAUAUGACUGGCGGGAUCUCUCGCCCCACAUUGCUCAGACUCUUUCGGGCCAUGCAGAGCGGCACGCACAUGGACUGCGGCUGCCCUCACCUGGUGUAUCAGCGGGCGAGGGCGUUCAGACUGGAGCCGGUGACCCGGCCGGGUGUGAUCACAGUAGAUGGGGAGCAGGUGGAAUAUGGACCCUUACAAGCGCAGGCACAUCGAGGAGUGGCCAGGAUUAUUUCUGAAUGACCUUUGAAUUUAAAGCACAGUUCAAGAGAUGAAAAUUAUAUGAACUGUUUAUAAAUACAGGAAUAACCGUAGAUGAAGCAAUACAGAACAGCACAAACCUUGACAACUUGAAUUUAACAUGUUUGAUUAAUUUAACCUAGAAGUUGUAAUACAUUUUUAUAAGACGACUAUAGGGAAUGUGUAAAAAUACUGUACUGUAUGUUACAAUGCAAAAUACUGUAAUGAUCCUAAAACUUCAUUUUCUUAUACAAUUAUUUUCCUAGUGGUGAAAUGUGGAUAGGUUUCCUGAGAUUUACUUUUGGUCUUUGAUGUGUGUCUGUAUAAUGUUGGAAAAUUUUGCUGCUGCGGAUCAAUCUAUAUUUACAGAAGUGCCAAUGUUGAAAAAAUGAUAUAGUUGUUUAAAUUUCUACCACAAAGCAACAUGUUUUAUGUUUAUUUUAAUCCAAGACAGCCUUGAUCCAGUGUCAAUGUCAGAUUGUUUUCUGUGGGAUGUGUGUGAUGUUUGAUGUCAUCAGUCAUGUGUGUUCCUCCAGCAAGAUGCUAAACUACACAAGCAGACUCCAGAAGUGACGGUGAAACAUCAUGUGACACACAGAAACUUUCAAGUCAACAACACAAGUUCAAGUCAAGCAUUAUGUUGCAAUUUCUAAAACAAUUAGCAUACAAUUGUGGUGUAAAUCUACAUAUACCCAGAUGUUAAUGCCAGACUUUUUUCAUAUAAAUUACGUCUUUGGUUUUAAAGUUACACUACACAUUCAGAUAUAAUAUAUAAAGUUGCUUUGGAUAAAAGUGUCGGCCAAAUGCACGCAAAUACAAAUUCAUGCAUCUAAUAGGUUUCUAAUGGUUUUUAAUGUCUCGGCCCACUGCCAAUGCUGAAUCAUGGUUUGACUUUAAUGCAUGCUGACCUUCGUAAAGCCACUAAACACCGCUGGAUUUCUUGUGUCCAUAAACAUACUACAGAUGAGAGACAACAGCACACACACAUAUAUUCACACACAGCAUUAAGACUUUACUUAGUCCAUUAGCGUGAAAGAAGCUCUGUAGGUUUCAGUAAUCAUUGUAAUGUUCAGAAAUCAAAACAUUCUGCAUUUAUAUGUCCACUGAAUAAUUUGGCUUGUAUAAAACCAUUUAUGUGGAAUUACGUCAAAGAUUAUGAGGUGGCCCCUAACGGCGCAUUCACACAGGGCGUAAGCGUUGACGCUUCCCAUUCACUUUUAAUGGGUGACGUCAAGCGUUGGCGAACUGAAUUGUGGAUCCGUUGGCGCCACGUCAGUGCCGUUGCUCGCGGCAGAAGUUAAACAUUUCUCAACUUUUCAAGUGGCAACGCUGGAUCAGCCAAUCAUAUCGCCUUAUGCAAAUAACCUAGGCAGAGCCAGCCAAUUACGUUUAUGGAAGACCGGAGCUUGUGUUGCGGCCACAGUGAUUGGCUGUUGGCCACGCUUCAGACAAGCCUUCCGUUAAGCGUUAAUGCUUGCGCCCCGUGUGAAUGUACCGUAAGCACCAACCAACCCAACUCAAACCAUAACUUCCCCCCCUUAAAUCAGUGUGAAAUAAUAGUCUGAGAAUAUUUUUUAAAAGCCCCUAACGUAAAUCUAACAAUCUGUCAAUUCCUCCAGAAAACAGCAUGAGGCGAACUUGAGCGUUUACAUUUAUUUCAGACAGAAAUCUUUUGGAUUUUUUUAUUGAGAAAUUGGGACAAAUAAUGGACAGUUUCAUUUUGUGGCAGUGCAGCACGAGAAUUUAAAAUUUAUGUAGUAUUUUAAUUUUAAUAUACCUGGGACCCCCCUAAUUAAUAUUUUUGUCCUUAGUAGGGGUGCCUUAAUGCUUAGGAGGUCAGGGGCCCCCUCAACCCCCCCCUCAAUUCAAACACAUGGAUAUAACCCAGUUUAGCUGCAGAAAUGAAUUUCUUGCUUAUAUUUUUCUCUUGUUUUCCAGUACAAAUAUCUGAACAUUUUUUAAUAAAAACUAAUUUAAUUGAGAGGCAAAAUUACUUACUGCAAGAUAUGAAGUCUUACAGUAAACUUUUUGCAAUUAAGAUAAGUUAACCUAUUUCAAGAGGCUAAACUAUAUUUUUGUUAACUAUUUGUCAAAUUUUUUCCUUUGUUUUAGGUACAACCUCACUUAAUUUUGUGAGACUUAAUGAGAUUUAUUAAGAUGUUACAUUGUAAAAAGUGAAAAGUUGGAUCAACCUUAAAAAAAUGCCUACUUCAAUUGGUAACAACUAAAAAAUAUAUUUUCACUUUAGUUGAAAAUUUAAGUUGAAACAACUUAAAGUGAAAUUUUAAGUUUAAAUAACUUACAUUUUUAGGUAUUACCAAUUGAAGUAAUUUUUUUAUUUGUGUUACUUAAAAUUUUUUAGACGAGUAUCUUGAUUGAAGAACGUUUAGAUAUUUGCAUUGGAAACAAGACAAACAACCGCAGAAAAUUAGAUUUUCAUGUUGGGUCAGGCAGGAUUAUGAUAAUCAGUGCUGUUUUGAUUCUGGUCAUAAAGCCAGGGGUUGACCGGGGGAAUUUUGGAGCCUCUGUCAGCAUAUCUGACAGCAAAGAUAUACAUUUCCAGUCGAUCACAGGGAUGUAGUUAUUGUGUUAAAUAAACUAACAGAGCAAAUUUAGACAUAUUUAGAUGUUUAGUCAUAGAGAUGACACAUUAAUGCGGUCAUCAGAACACAACUGCUACUGUGUUACUGUUUCUGAGAGUUUUUAGUUUGACCUCCACUUUGAUCUGAAUCAAUUAAUUAAUGUUAAAAUGUUACUUACAUGUAUGUGUCCUCACUGAUACAUUCAUCAAAAACACACAGGACUGAUAAACACAAACUUAGAAAAUAGCACAAACAGAUUUAAAGAUGUUUUCAAGGCGGAUAGGACUUUGAUAAGGGACAUUAAAAUAUGAGCCGGUUUGGGUCUGAUCAUUCACAUCAGAAUACAAUAUUUAUUUUGAAUAGUAAAGGGAAUUUGAUUAUCUUUGUUCAUUUGAAUAUUUUGAGACUUUCGCACAAUAUCUGAUGUGAAUCGAGUGAAAUCCGCAGCAAGACGAUACAAUCUGAAUGAAAGCCCUUUUGAUUUAUUUUCAUAAUUUUUUUUACAUUUACAUAAGUGCUGCACUGGUAUUUCAAUAGCCAUGUGUAUACUUUGAGAUAUGUAAAUAAACAUAUUCUAUUUUUUCCCAGAGUCAUACGUUUUUAAUAAAAUAUCAAAGAACGAUGAUAUUAAUAAAACAUGUAAACAUUAUUUAUGUUUGUGUAUUUAUUAUCUCCAUACGU